AUGAGUGAUCCAUUAGCUGAUUAUACAAACUUAUCACAGGAUGAAACUGAUCCUUCGAAGAAAGAUGAUAACGUUGAUGAUUUACCAGAUUUUGAAGAUGUAGUGGGUGAUAAUGAUAUCGAACGACCAACCCAACAAGAAGAAGAAGAACAACAACAACAACAAGAAACAGAGAAAGACGAAGUUCCAGCACAGGAAGAACGAUCAAAUGAAGAAGAACCGCAAAAUUCGGAACCUAUAGAAGAUGUUCUUAGUACCAUGAAAGUUGCCAAACUUGCGGAUGGUCAAGUUGGUGAUGGUUAUGUCAAGAAACAUACUGGACUUAAAAGAAGACAUAAUAGCUCACUUGAUGAUGAUGACGAUGAAGAAGAAGACAAUGGACACAAUUCGAAUAAUAUUUUUAAUGAUGAUGAUAAUGACGGAGGCUCAAGAAGUAGACCAGGUAAAUCAUAUCAUCCAGAUGAUGAAGUUGAUUAUGAAAGUUUAGACCCACAACAAAGAAGACGACUCGAGUUGGAAGAAAGAAUGACUCAAGCUAUUAAGCCAGCAUCUAAGAGAAGAAGAAAAGCAGAUGAGGAUGAUAUUGAAAGAAUGCAAGAUGAUAAAAUUGAUGCAUUGAAAGAACAAAUGAUUAAAGCAGCUACUUUAGAUGUUGAUAAGAAUUCUCAAGGUCAAAUUGCAACUGAAAAAUUGAAGCUUUUAAGUAAAGUAACAGAUGUUUUAGCAAGAGCUGAUUUGGCUAUUUCUAUAUUGGAUAAUAAUUUAUUGGAAGCUGUAAGAUUGUGGCUUGAACCAUUACCGGAUGCAUCUAUGCCAGCUUAUCAAAUUCAAAAAGAAUUAAUCAAUGCUUUAGAAACAUUACCUAUAAAAACAGACCACUUGGCCGCUUCAGGAAUCGGGAAAGUUUUGGUUUUUUAUCAACGUUCUAAAAGAACUGAAGCUCUGUUGAAGAAAGUAGUUGAUAGAUUAAUUGGUGAUUGGACUAGACCAAUUUUGAAUAAAUCUGAUUCUUAUAAGGAUAGAAGCGUCCAAUUCCAUGAAUACAACAAAUCCAAAUUUACCAACAAAUUAUCAAGAGGUAGUAAAAGAAAGGAAGCUAAAACAUUAUAUGAACAAAAUGCUGAAAGAAGAAAAAGAGCUGCUAUUCCAAGUACUAGAACAACUGCCUAUAAGAUUGCUCCUCUGGUUGACAAGAGUUUAUUAAUGAGACAACAAGCAAGACAUGCUGGUAAUGAUGAAAGAUUCAAGAAGAUUAACCAAAAACUUACUUCAAUGUCUGUUAAAAGAAAAACUACCAAAAAAGGUGGUCCAUCUAUUGAAGGUAGAGAUUUGGCUAUGUAG